GAAACUAUGGCGUGGGUACCGUCGGAGUCUGCAGUGGAAGAGUUGAUGCCCCGGCUGUUGCCAGUGGAUCCCUGCGACUUGACAGAAAGUUUUGAUCCCUCCGCACCCCCGAGGACGCCUCAGGAAUACUUGAAGCGGGUCCAGAUCGAAGCAGCUCAAUGUCCAGAUGUUGUGGUAGCUCAAAUUGACCCAAAGAAGUUGAAAAGGAAGCAAAGUGUGAAUGUUUCCCUUUCAGGAUGCCAACCUGCUCCUGAAGGAUAUUCCCCCACACUUCAGUGGCAACAGCAGCAAGUGGCACAGUUUUCAAUUAUUCGACAGAGUGUGAACAGACAUAGAAGUCACUGGAAAUCACAACAGCUGGAUAGUAACGUGACCAUGGUAUGUCCAAAAUCUGAAGAUGAAGAAGGCUGGAAAAAAUUUUGUCUGGGUGAAAGGCUAUGUGUUGAAGGGGCUGUUGGACCAGCUAAAAACGAAAGUCCUGGAAUAGAUUAUAUACAAAUUGGUUUUCCUCCCUUGCUUAGUAUUGUUAGCAGAAUGAAUCAGGCAACAGUAACCAGUGUCUUGGAAUAUCUGAGUAAUUGGUUUAGAGAAAGAGACUUUACUCCAGAAUUGGGGAGAUGGCUUUAUGCUUUAUUGGCUUGUCUUGAAAAACCUUUAUUACCUGAGGCUCACUCACUGAUUCGGCAGCUUGCAAGAAGGUGCUCUGAAGUGAGGCUCUUAGUGGACAACAAAGAUGAUGAGAGGGUUCCUGCUUUGAAUUUAUUAAUCUGCUUGGUUAGCAGGUAUUUUGACCAACGAGAUUUAGCUGAUGAACCAUCUUGACGUAGCUGAUCUCUCAGGGAUAGAAAAUACUUGUGAUGAAGGCAGCCUAAGUCUGAGGAAGUACAAUGCCAAUUCAAGUACAGAUUGCAUCACAUCUUCAACAUUAUGAGAGGGGUCUUCAUCUUAAACUGUGCAACGCAGGAGAUAGCUUGUGUGGAUUUGAAUAUCUGAAGUAUCUUUGAUACUUUGAAGAAACUCCACCUAGUUUCUAAUGACAAGUUUUAAAGUUUUUCUAUAACCACAUGCAGUACUGUAUGAUGAAAUUUUACAGAUGUCCUUGGUGCUGUUUCAUUGUUUUAUAUGAAUACACAUAAAAUUUUA